GCGUUUGUGUGUAGCUUGUGAUCAAAAUCCAAGAAUGAUGAUGAAAAUCUGUGAAAUAUUAUGUAAUGUCUGAAAUAGUGUGUAAGAGCUGAAAUAGCAUGUAACGAAAGAAAUAGCAGUAUAACAGCUACAUGAUGUCUCGGAAGAAUGACGAUCUUGUUUCUAACAGACCAGUGGGAAGUGAUACCAUGGAGGCAGUGCUGUCCGGAUCUUUUUGCAACUUGCCAGAUAAAGAAUCUUCAGUGGUGCGAAUAUUUCUCAGCUCAACAUUUACUGAUAUGCAGGCUGAGAGAAACUGGUUAAUGAAGAAUGCUUUUCCCCAACUGAGACAGUUUUGCCAACAGAGAGGUCUUGACUUUCAAAUAGCUGAUAUGCGUUGGGGUGUGCGUGAAGAUGCAACUGAUGAUCACAGAACAACAGAACUAUGUCUACACGAAAUAAAGAAUUGCCAGAAGCUAUCCAGGGGACCAAACUUUGUGGCAUUUCUUGGUGACAAGUAUGGAUUUAGACCUAUACCAUCAGAAAUAGAAGUUUCAGAGUUUAAACUGCUGAAAAAUACAGCCAUAAAACUGGGUCAUGAUAUUUCCCUGCUGCUUACCUGGUACCUGUGUGAUUAUAAUCGGGAACCAACCAUUUACACUCUACAGCCAAUCAGCACACAGUAUCCACAGUAUUUUGAUAUGACACCAGCAAAUGCUAGUUCCCGACAGCAGGCACAGAGAGAGUGGUGGGGUGUAGUGGAAAAAUUAACAACGCUGCUGAGAGAAUCAGCUGAUCAUCUCUGUAAGGAGGGUAAGAUGUCAGAAGAAGAUAAACACAAAUAUUUUCAGUCUGUGACAGAAAAUGAGGUGUAUGCUGGAAUAUUAUCAGCAGACAACAUUACUGACAGGGUGCUUUGUUUUGAAAGAACACUUAAUGACAUCAACUUACAAGACACUCUGGCAGGAAGGUUCACUGACAUGAUAGAGGGUGCCAGGGAUACAGAGGCAGACAAGUUAAGAGAAAAUCUACGCAUGAUGAAAAUUCCCACGAAAAUGACGUCUGCUGGUUUAUUCAGAUAUAACUUGCAGUGGGAUAAAAUCGGUGUCAGUAUCUUCAAGAAUCAAGAACAUAUCAGCUACAUCAAGCAGUUUGGUAGUGACUUCAUAAGAAGCAUAGAGAAAAUGAUAACAGCUGCUUCAUGUGACGAAACUUCAUCUGGCUACAGAUCUCCCUUAUUUGAAGAAGUUCUACAUCAUCUUCAUUUCUGCCAGACCAAAUGCAAGUCUUUUUGUGGCAGAGAAAAUAUGCUGGCUGAAAUUCAAAUGAAACUUAAAACUUUACACAAAGUCGAUAAUGGGAAAAAUGAAAAGGAGAUAGAAGAGAUUGCAGAUAAUGCCGACGCUGAGGAAGUUAUUAGAGAAAAUCAGACAGCUGUAUCUGAGGAACGGAAACAAAUGCAAGCAGUAUUAAAGGAGCUUGGUGUAACAUUUACUAUUGGUGAUGAGUUAAACGACUUGGAAUCUGAUCCAAAUUUCAACCUGCAGGACAGGUUGACCAGGCUGCCGGAAAUUAUGGAAUACACCAAGCCUUUGAUAGUGUAUGGAAAGUCAGGUUGUGGAAAAACAGCUCUUAUGGCAAAAGCAGCCGAAAUGUCAAAAACCUGGUUUCCUAAUUCAGUUUUGAUGAUACGUUUUCUUGGAACAUCGACUAUGUCAACCACAAUAAGAGAGGUUUUAGUAAGUCUUUGCUUACAGGUUAGUGAAGUGUACAAGAUGCAGAAACAAACCGGGAUAGACAUUGAAACAGAUUAUCAGUUUCUUGUCCAAUACUUUGCCGCACUUUUGUGGAAAAUCGACACCGGGGAAAAAAAUCUUGUGAUCGUUUUGGAUUCUGUAGACCAACUGAGUCAAGCGGACCAUGCUCACAUGUUUAACUGGCUACCUCACAAGCUGCCACCUGGUGUUCACAUGAUGAUUUCAGUUGUUAGCGACAGACUUGAUUGUCUCAAUAAUGCCCGUCUGCUGUUUUCGGAUCCUGGACAGUAUGUGGAAAUUGAUCAGCUUGAAAAUGAAGCAGCAACAGAAAUUAUUAAUGUUCUCUGUAAAAAUAUGCAGCGCCACCUAUCUAAGAAACAGAAAAAUCUUAUUUUGGAUCAUUUUGCAAAGAAUAGCCAGCCCCUGUACCUGAAAUUGUUGGUAGACAUGUCGUUUUCCUGGAAAUCCUACACGCAAGUUGAUGAAAGUGCUCUUGGUAUUACAGUGAAGGAGGCAAUUAACCAUCUGUUUGACAACCUUGAAAAGAGUCAUGGUGAAGAGAUUGUGAAAAAAAGCAUCGGUUAUCUGUGUGCAGCAAAGGAAGGAUUGACCGAGGCAGAAAUGGAAGAUCUUCUCUCCUUGGAUGAUGAGGUUCUGCAAGAUACAUACAUCUACCAUUUACCCCCUGAUCCUGAAGUCAUCCGUCUACCACCAUUGCUAUGGAAACGUGUAGAGUACGACAUCAGUGAGUAUGUUGUUGAGCGUCAAUCGGGUGGAAAAAAGGUGGUCACAUGGUAUCAUCGACAAUUUUAUGAGGCAACCUCCGAGAGAUAUUUAACAGAAGGUGUGAGGAAACAGUUUCAUCAAGUGAUUGCAGAAUACUUCCAGGGUAUUUGGAGUGAUAGUUGUAAACCACUGCAGCUGAUGAAGGGAAAGAAGGGCAGUUACCCAGCUGCUAUGAGACAGGUUCCAGCUCAGCCAAUCAAAUUUGGCCUGAACUUAUACAACACUCGUAAACUCAGUGAGUUGCCUUACCAGCUUAUACACAGCGAUCAGUUGCAGAGAGCACUGGCUGACCUUUUCAGCAAUCCUGAUUGGCUGUAUGCCAAAUGUUAUACCAUGACCUUGACCUCCCUCAUGGAAGAUUUGAGACUAGCAGAAAGGAAAUGUGUAGAAAAUUUAGACAAAAAAAGAGCAGAAUUGUUGGCAAUACAGAAAGAAGGGAAGAAAGUGGAGCCCAUUAAUGCUGCAAAGUUAAAGAUUGAUGAAGAGGUAUUCCAAGCGAUAAAAUUUGUUACCAGGAUGGUACUACUAGCUGCUGAUAACACAAGAAAAGAUCCAGUCAACUUGCCCCUUAUGCUGUUGUCUCAGCUGGGACCUGACUACAGAGGGAGUGUUUAUAUUGAGAAACUCAUGCAGCGAUGUGAAAAAUGGUGCAAGGACUCCAAUAUCCCUUUACUCGUGCCAGCCAGGGAGUGCACGGCCAGGCCUGAAGGAAAUCUGCUCUACACAAUAAAUGUUGAUGUUGCUAUAACUGGAGAGAAGAGAGAUAAGCAGUACUGUGGGACUUACCUGCGCGAGGACACAAUGCAGUUGUACGCAGUGCGACAGCAGAGCGCUCGGCCCGACCAGAUUUGCAUUCUGGACUUACACGACAAUGGAUCAUGUAUUACGAAAGACGAUGUUGGUGUAUAUGUUAGAAGCAUUAAAUUUGUUGGUGAUAACAGGUACAUGCUGCUAGAUGUCUACACGAAAAAAGAUGAGUAUGAUCCAGAGUCAGAAGAAAGAUUGUACGAAUCUUCAACCUCCUCACCUGUUACCUUUGACCCGAAACCAAACCAUAUUGUAGUCUCUUCUACUGGCAGGAUUAUUGCAUGUUCAACAGGAAAUGAGGUAAUGCUGUACAAGAAAGAUAAGCAUUCCAGACUUCAGUCAUUUUUCAAAGCUAAGGAACACGAGCAUGAUGUGACUGCCCUGAUUAUCUCCCCUGAUGAAACUCUUCUGGUUACCACGGAUACGGUGAAAACUCUUUUUGGGGAAGAAAAAGACACUACAACUUAUGUGUAUGAUGUAAAAACUAAGAAGAAAAUACAUGACAUUGCUAAGACGAUAGAUGUAAAUAGAUGGAGUUUGGUCAGUCGAAAAAAUCUAGUUACAAGAAAGUCGGGUUACAAAAAUGAAGGGACCUUAAUUGUCUAUGACCUAGCAGAUGGGAAAGUCAUACAGGAAGUGGUCGUGAAUGAAACAUACAAGUUAGAAAAGUUGCAUUUUCAUUCGUCAGAAGAGUUUGUGUUUAUAUACUAUCAAGACCUAGGAAUUAUGAAUGGAAUCGAGAAUAAAUAUGCAGAGCUUGUGAAUAUCAGUUCCGGUAAAAGGUUCGGCAAAUGUCCAGAAGAGUACAAAGGGCCAUACUCUGGAGGACAGGUUUUUGGAUCAGACAGUUUGUACUACACGAUUUGCCACUGGAAUAGAAGUGAAGUUUCUGUCCUUUUUGCAGGUCAAGUGAGCAACCCUCUAGAUGAAGCUGUUGUAGUACAUGUUUUGACUGGUCACAAUCAGCCUGUCAGAGAGUUUGUUGUUCCCGCCAGUUUGGACAUGUUACUUACAGUCUCGUGGGAUAAUACAAUCAAGGUGUGGGACUUAAAGUCCAUAUUAGGACAUUUUCACUCGGAGUUGUCUGCUAUAGAGCUGCAGAUGGCAAAGAACAACUCGCCUAUCUAUGGUCAGAGCCAUAUUGGCGAUGAACAGCAAACAUUGAACCUCUCAGAUAUAGUGACACAUUAUAAACCUGCAGAUACUGGGGCCAGACUAGAGACUACAAGGCUCGCAUUUAACAGGUUUGGAGACAGCGUGUAUGUUGGUACUGAUAACGGCAAGCUACAACUGUACGAUGUCGACACAGCCGAGCUCAAGAUUACCACAGAUCUUGAUGUGGGUUGUGUCUAUUUGAUACAGCUCUCCAAAAAUGGUAGAUACAUGUUGGUGGCCGGAAGGAAGAAGAAAAUACAUGUUGAGGACCUGUUGUCUCAAAAUCAGUUGGUUUUAGAGGCGAGAGGGAACAUAUCAUGUAUGGCAGAGAAUAAUAAUAUACUUGUAGCAGGAUCAGCGGGUAUGGAGGCAAAGGGACGUGUUUGGAAUAUAGAAACAGGGGAGGUUAUGAAAGACUUUGAACUGUUGUAUUCCUUCUAUUGUGUCGCUAUAAACAGCAAGGGAACACAGAUUGUUUCAAGUAUGUUUGAUUUCCCCCUCGUUGUUGACUUAGUCGACCAAGAAAACAGUCCUCCAGUAGAGCCAGACAAGAUGGAUACAAUGAUGAGUGGAGCUUCAUGCUGCGAAAUAAGCCCAAACGAUAAAUUUGCAGCAAUGGGUUCAGACGAUGGAGCUGUUCGUGUGAUCACCAUGGAAGGAAACUAUGUUUUUCGACUUCAACAAAAGUCAUCAGCUGUCGCACUGGCUUUUUCACCAGACAAUACAACUGUCUUAUCGGCUGGUUACCGAUCCAUAUAUGUCUGGUCCUUGGCGGAUGGUUCCUGCAAGUUCAAGCUGACAAGGCACAUGGAUUUUAUUAACAGCAUAAAGUUUGAUGUGUCAGGAAAAUUUAUCCUAACUGUUUCAAGGGAUAAACAGCUAGUGUUAUGGGACUUUGAGAGAGUCGUGUCGAUUGCAACAUUCCCAACAAAUUGCCAGAUUAAUGCUGUAGAUCUGUCUCCGAAUAUCGGAACAGUCGCAUAUGUCCCAGAGGGUAUUUCAGAAGUCGCCAUUUUAAAACCAAACCAGGCACUGCGCAAUGUGAUGGCAGGAAAUACAAAAGCAGUGACCUUGACCCCACAGGCACAAGCAGUUGUUUUGGCCUUUAGCGGUCAAAUGGUCAAUAAAGAAUCUAGCAGCCGGUCUUGUUCUCUCAUGUAAACUUAAACGGCCACGUCUCCAGGUUCAUAAUUUCUUUUGCGAAAUAUAGAAAUUGUUUUAAUUAGUUAGUACAGUAAUAGUAAAUUUUAAACAAAUGACUUAGUGAGUUUGAGGCAUUAAUCUGAAACAGUAAGGUUGUAAAAUAUGCAGAAGAAUACUCAAAAAGAGUUUUGCAACCUUUAAUGUAAAUUUGAUGUAAAGUACUGGAUAGAAGUUUGUUUCAUACUAAAAAGUUAUCAGCUUGUAAUGAAGUGUUGAUAAUGAUUUCUGAUAUUUAAGAGAUGUUACUUUUUGUUUUUAAAUAUUUUGAAAUUUUGAUGUUCAUCUGGAGGUAUUCUUUUUGAAAAAUUAAUUGAAUGUUUCUUGGUUUUGGUUUUGUUGCCGACUCAGUUAUAGGUCUUAUGACAACUUUUCAGCUUUACAUGACGGCGGAAGACCUCAAGUUCCUCUCUGAGCAUUAUAUCAGGCAUAGGCCAGCACUUGGAUAGAACCACGGAGUUUCCACAAGCCAGCUGGAUGGGCUUCCUCACAUGAAAGAAAUUCUACACCCGCAGAGAAGUUCUGAACCCACAGAGGUGAUGGGCAAAUGAUUCAAAGUCAGCUACCUUAACGGAUCGGUAAAUGAGGUCCCAACUCCCAAAAUUUACAAGACCGUUAUUAACUUUUGUGAACAUGUAUAUAUAUCCAUUAUUAAUUUUUGUGUACAUGUAUUUACAUGUAUAUCCAUUGUUCAGCUUUUGCAACGAAAAUGAAUAAAAACUCACACAUGUAAGCCCAAGCAUGGUACCUUAACUUUAACAAUAAAGGCCAAGUUUAAAGGUAGGCCGUAAGAACAUGACUGUCUUUUUUUUUUUUCAUGAAAAAAAUGGGCUACUGUAAUCCAGUGUAUAUUCUAUAUAAUUUUGUAUGAUACUGUUGUACAUUGUUUCCUCAGGAUAUUAAAUGUUUUUCUUGUUGAACAAAAAUCUAUUUUCAUUCAGUGUACACCUACAGUCACAAUUCUUCACCUCCGCAAGAAACGUGUAUGUCUAAUUUUAUAUAGUUAAGGUACCAAGUUGGCAUUUUAUUUUGUUAAUACUGAGGUGGACUGUUAAAGUCUGUGAUAUAUCUUUUGUUACUAAUAUUUGUGAGUUGUAUUAUUUACAUAAAUGAUCACCCGAACAUUGCUGAGUGUAUUUUUAUCUUGGUACUUAAAUUGGUUCUGUGCUCAUAAAAUUUGAGUUUGGAAACCAGUCCGAGAAUGCAAGCUUGCUAUUGGGCAGUUUGAGAUUGUGCUAAGAAUUAACCAAUCAGCUGUUAGAGUUUACAGACUGGUCUCCAAACUCAACUUAAUAAUCACAAGACCAGGGGUCAUAUAAACAUUCUGAAUCUGAAAUAAAGUCAGAGGCAAGCAUGCAAAAUAUUUAAUUUACGAUAAGCAACAUUUUUGCUUGAAAUUUUGUGUACCAGUUUGUGGUUAUAUAGAAGUUAUAUGCAUGCCAAGUUUCAUCAAAAUCUUCAUAUUUUCAGAAAAGCAUUCGGAUUUCAGACUUGUUGUGGAGGUGAAAUCUGGCCCAGGUGUUUACUAUGGUUUUAUUGUUAUGUCAUUUAAUUUCUGGUCAGUUCUUUUGCAGAUUAAAAACAUAUUUUUUGUCUGCUUUCAUGACGUAUAUUAAAUUUUGUAAUUUAUUUUUUUUAAACAGAUGCUCAAUGUUCUUUUUCCAUAGUGAAACUCGGUUGAUCUCUACUCCUGUGAUUCACUUUUUUUUCAUAUUUUAUAUAUUUCUGUAUGGUUCAUAUUAACCGAAUGGCUUACACAUUUGAUAUAGUUAUCCUCCAGUUUGUCUGUCUGCCUGUAUGCAAUUCAUUAUUUUUCUUUAUUUUUUAUACGCAAGUUUGAUACUUUGGGAAUUUUAUUCGGAAGUUUUUGUCUAUUUAUGCACUGUAUUACCUUUUUUAAUGCUUUGAUAGGAUUAGACUACUAAUUAGAAAUUAAGAGGACCAGGGGCGUGGUUAUAUUAAUAGAGGUUUUGUUAUAUUUUACUGGAAAUUAAUUGAAAAAACGUAAAAGCUUUCAGCUGCAUGUUUGGUACAAAGUCUGAAGAAUACCUAAUUUGCUGUUAUAAUAAUGACCUUUUAUGCCCCCACACAUUUAAGCGCUGUUGCUAUCCAUACAUACAUACGUCCUGAAAUCUUGUGUCCAAUUCCUCCCACACUAUUCAUCUGAUUUGAUUCAAACUCGCAAAGAUGAACAACCUUGAUGUGUAGAUGACCAUAAAGAAAGGAAUUUUUAUGUGACUUUUUACUUCUGAAUCAGUUAUGGCCCUUUGAUAAGUUUUUGCUAUAUGGAAAAUAGAGAAAAAAUCUUGUGUGUCCAACUCUUCCCACACUAUUAGGCUAAAAGUGCAACAGAAAUCGGCAGACUAAGAAUCUAUCACUGGUUAAAGAUGCCGAUGGAAAUAUCUGGCUCACUUGUAAUUGUUUAGGUGUUUACAAGAUUCUGCAAGCUACCACAAAAUUAUUUACCCCGAGAGCCCAAUGGUUCCACAUACCUACAACCACCAGUGACAGAUACUUUUUCUUGCAUUCUGUAUUACUCAAAUAAUAGAAGACACAAAAAAAAUAUGCUUUCCUUUCAAUCUCUAUUUUAUUAUAUUUUAUUAUAAUAGCAUAAUGAUAUCAGUUUACCUGUUCAUUCAAAAUUACAGCACAAGAGUCGUCUUAAAUCUCAGGGUGUAAGAUGAUUAUUUCUAGCUCCAGCAUAAACACCAGAAAGUCUUAUCGGACAUGCAAGGAAACAUCAUCUGAUAUCCCAUUGUCAUUUGUUCUUCACCUUAAUUAUGUACAGAAGUUGUCCGUUACAUGCAGAGAACAGGUCAAUACCAGUAGUGAAUCAAGGUGCACUUGUUAGCUUAACUGACUGUCAUAUAUGAAAAUUACUGUUAAGAUUUUUUUGUUAAGUCCAACAAAGCAAACAAAUAAGAAAAUGAUAGAUGACUGAUUCAUAUCAGGGUGAGCAACUGGAAUUUUCGUCCUUUUAAUUGUGUUCUGUAUCAACACCUGCUCACACGUGCAAUAAUUGGGAAUUUUAACACAAUACAUUACAUCAAAAAAGUCCACAUGGAAUUUUGAAUUGCUGCCUUGCAUACUUCUAUGUAAAAAUAAAAAAAAAAUAAAUGGGCUUGUCAAAAAAGUGGUUAAAAUCAUUGCAAUAAAAAGUUAAAAUAUUAUCUCUUAAUUAUCAGUGACAUAUUUUCGCUCAAGUUUUAGUUGUCCCGGCAAGUUUUUUCCCCAUUUAACUGACACAUAUCCUUUUUGUUUCAGGUAAAUUAACCCCUACUUGCGGACAAUAUGAUUAAAUCACAUCUUUCUGCAUGGCACAGCAGUAAUUCCUUUUGUGAUAUGCACAGUUUUUCUAUAUUGUUUAUAUAUACAUAAAUUUGUACUUGUUUAAGUUUACAAAGAUUUGCACUAUACAUACAUUUUGUAAUACCUUUUAUAAUAUACACAUUUUUUCUAUUGUUUUAACUUACACAUUGUUAUCUGUAUACACGUGAGUGAUUUUGUUUUUGAAUAAAACUUUAGAAUAA